GGUGGGGGCUGGGCCGCGCAGAGCAGCCCGCGAGCCCGCAGGCGACCCGCGCCGGGGAGGACAGGGGCCGUGCGUCGCCCGCGUCUGGCCUGCUAGGCGAGCGGGAGAGCAGACCCCGGCUCGGGUCGCGCCCAGCCAACCGCGAGGGCUGGCCCUUCGGAAGGCUCUUUCAACAGCAGGCGCAGGCCGGCCACCAUGACCGAGAACUCCACGUCCGCCCCUGCGGCGAAGCCCAAACGGGCCAAGGCCUCCAAGAAGUCCACUGACCAUCCCAAGUAUUCCGAUAUGAUCGUGGCUGCCAUCCAGGCAGAGAAGAACCGCGCCGGCUCCUCGCGCCAGUCCAUCCAAAAGUAUAUCAAGAGCCACUACAAGGUGGGUGAGAACGCCGACUCCCAGAUCAAGUUGUCCAUCAAGCGCCUGGUGACCACCGGGGUUCUCAAGCAAACCAAAGGGGUGGGCGCCUCGGGCUCUUUCAGGCUGGCCAAGGGCGAUGAGCCCAAGAGGUCGGUGGCUUUCAAGAAGACCAAGAAGGAAGUCAAGAAAGUGGCCGCUCCAAAGAAGGCAGCCAAGCCCAAGAAGGCUGCCGCCAAAGCCCCGAGCAAGAAACCCAAAGCCACCCCUGUCAAGAAGGCCAAGAAGCCGGCUGCCACGCCCAAGAAAGCCAAAAAGCCCAAGACUGUCAAAGCCAAGCCAGUCAAGACAACCAAACCCAAGAAGGCCAAACCCGUGAAGCCCAAAGCCAAGUCCAGUGCCAAGAGGGCCAGCAAGAAGAAGUGACAACGACGGCUUUGCUUGUGACACUCCUCCCUCCCUCCUGUUCUCUGUAAAUACAUUUCUCUCUUGAUCCCUUCUGCAGCCCUUUGCCCAUUCUAUCCUGACUUUACAAAAAGGACAGUUCGGAUUCCUCAGACAGACAUUGGAACGAUUCCCCUUUCCUUAGCCCAUUGUGCAAGGACAGCCACAGACCUCAUCUUUGAAAUGAUGAAGAUGUACUCUUUUUUUUUCCCCCUGUUUUGAUAUUUAACCUUAUGGGGUUAGGGUGGGGGUGGGUGUUUCGUUGGGAGGUUUGUUUACUGUGAAGGCAAAUGGAACUGGCAAAGUUCUGGCUAGAUGAGGGGACCUAGGAACUGAAGUUUGUCUUUUUAAGGCUUUAAGCUGCUCAUCCAUCCCUUGUGAGAGCUUCGGGACCUUUGGUGCAAAGCAGAGGGUGACCCCCCAGGGAGGGGGGAAAUAUCCCUGGGCUGCCCUGAGCAGUGGUGAGCCGCUGGGGACCUGGGUUUUCUUGUCACAUAACCCAUUGUCUACAGGGGAAAAGGGGUCCAGGUGACAGCUGGUUGGAGAAACCCUUGCUUCUCACAGUCAGGGUGUAGCCAUUGAGGAGGGAGGGGGGUCUUUUCAGCAGUCUCUUGUUAAAUGGGAGUGGACAUAGGGGGAGGGUGGGGGAGUCAGCCAAGUGCCUCCGUGUGCCUGUGGAAACUUGGGUUUUUUUCCACACGAUUGAAGAUUUGUGUCCUAGGAGGACUUUGUUCUUUUCUUUUUCCUUCCUGUACGAGAUGUGGCUUUGCUUGGUGCGGCUUCGGUUUUACCAGCUGCCACGUAAAACUCCAACUGCUUUUACUGUUUGAACCUUUCCUAAGUAGCCCAGGAGGGGGAGAGGCAGGGAGUGCACUGUAAGACACAGUUGAUUUGAAUUUGCUAGGUAGCUUUAGAGAGCCAGGAUUGUGUGCAUGUGUGUAUAUGUAUAUAUCCAUAUCUAAGACUAGUACUUAGUCUCACUUCGGGAGCUGGGAGAAAAAACCUGUACAGUUGUCUUUCCCUUAUUUUAAUAAAAUAGGAAACUCGCGCCCCUUUCCCCUUUUUAAACAAGUGUUAUAAUUGCCGGAAAAAAGUUGCUGUGGUUGUCAUUUUAAAGUUUAAAAUAAUAAAACUGGAAAAAAAUCUGA